ACUGUGCCAACCGAAAAAUACAAAAUUAUAAAUACAAUUAAAAGAUAUAUCUGGAACACAAACAUCCACGGCAGCUGGCAAGAUGCUCAAGUGGGCUGUCAACCAGCCGCGAAACUCGUAUUUGGCCAAGGAGCUGGCCCUGGGAAUGGAAACUGGAUUGGCGGAGCCGAAGGGAUCCAGCUACAGCGAGUUCCACGCCCUGCGGGGCAAGAUGAAGCGGAAGUCCUUGAGUGCGAUAGUGCCGGGCCCGGGCAAGGAGAACCAGAUGACCUCCACUCCGCUGCCGGCCAGCUCACUGAUGCCACGGACUCCGCUGCUCAAGGACCUGAGCAAUAUCCUGGCUACCCCAACGCCUCAGGGUGAGAAAGCGGAAGGAAUAGCCCUUGGAGCAGUACCUGGCACCAUCGGAGGAGCUCCGAAGUACGCCUGCACGCUGCCCACCUUCGAGGCGGAGUACUCCCCGAGCUCCGUCAUCCCGGGGCCUCUGAUCGCCCUGCGCGGAGUCGGAAUCCCGGACAGCUACUUCGAGAAGCCGCGCUACCUGGAGCAGAAGCCCCUUCCCGCUCCCACCCAGGCCACCACCAACCAGACCAGGUCCUCUAGCCAGAUGGGAGACGUGACGCUGGAGAGGAUGAUCGACGCCAUCCUGGAGAGCAACCGAAAGACCACCAACAUCCGACCCCCAAGGCAACACAGGCACCGACAUCCGCUGCACCACCUGAAGGGCACCACCUCCUCCGCCGCCACCCACUCGCCCACCUACCGCCCCGCCUUUGAUCCCGCCAGCGACCUGCGGGAGUACUGGAAGUCGCCCUCGCAGCGGGAGACCUCCCUGACGCGGUUCGAGGAGCGGGAGGUGUGCUCCCCCGCCCGCAAUCCCGGCCAGAGCCGCAAGCGCCACUCCCUUCAGGCCCUGCGGAGGCAGCGGGUGGUGCGGCGCAAGCGAAAGAUCACCACCAAGAUCUCCUCCAGCGUCCGGCAGUCGGCCCAGAAGCUCCUGGCCGCCGCCAAGUCGGGUGGAGGAGGAGCGCAUGCCCCCAAGAGGCGACACAUCAGCCCGGACAGCGGCCACAACUCCACCAGCGACUUUGAGGAGUUGGAUGCGGAGGAGGAUCUGAAUCCUUUCGGUCACUUUUCGGCCGAGGCCACCACGAAGCGGCGCCUCAGUUUCUCCUUCUCGGAGGAUGUCUUUGUGGAGAAGUGAGAAGUGUCCUUCGCUCCAUUUUUUUAUGUUUCUAUUUUUUUUUUUUUGGAAAAUCUGUUUGGUUGUAAAUUCUAAGAUCAUCUAUUUUUUUCCGAGUGGCUCAAAGCGCAACUAUCCUUGCCUUCAAAUGAAAAAUAAAUAAAAUAAAACUAAAUGUUAA